CUGGUGGACAGGAGGCACUGCAACCUGAAAUGGCAGAGCCAAGUGCUGGCCAUCCGCCAGAAGAUCGACGCGGCCAUCCAAGACAUGCCGGAGAACGAGGAGAUAAAGCAGCUGCUCGCGGGGGCCUACCUGCACUACUUCCACUGCCUGAGGAUCGUGGAGAUACUCAAGGGCACUGAGGCUUCCACCAAGAACCUCUUUGGACGCUACUCGUCCCAGCGCAUGAAGGACUGGCAGGAGAUCGUGUCCCUCUAUGAGAAGGAGAACACCUACCUGGGUAAGGAGGAGUGUCAGCUGGGGGCGGAGGAGCUGCGGGAGCGGUUCUUUGCCUCUUGCAAGCAGUACGGCAUCACCGGUGACAAUGUGCGCCAGGAGCUGCUGGCCUUGGUGAAGGACCUGCUGUCGCUGCUGUCCGAGAUCGGGGCGGGAGCCAGCGCGCUCUCUGAGGCCAUCGAGCUUUACCAGGCCUGCGUGGAGUUCGUGUGUGAGAGCUCCGCAGAGCUGGUGGUGCCCCUGUUGCGGCACGUGGGGAAAAGAGGCAACACAACCGUGUACGAGUGGAGGACGGGGCUUCAGCCCCUGCGGGUGGAGCGGCCGGAGGUGAAGGAGGUGCCGGAGCCGCCGAAGGAGGACACGAUCGACUGGGGAGACUUCACACUGGAGCCGACCAGGGUGGAUGAUGGUGCUGCAGCUGACGGGGCAGCCCAGGGCGAGGAGAUUGACUGGGGGAUCACGCUAGAGCCCAGUCCCCAGCAGGAUGAUGGCAUUGACUGGGGAGAUGGUGAAAGCGAGGAGGUGCAGAUCACGGUGCUGGAUGCUGGCACUGAGGUGCCCGAGGGCGUCGCCUGUGGCUCCGAUGCCCUGACGCUCCUGGAAAACAGCGAGACCCGGAGCCAGUUCAUCGACGAGCUCAUGGAGGUGAGUACGAGCCAGUUCCAGCUGGCCCCCGCCGUGCUGCAGGGCCAAACCAGUGCCCAUGUGGGCUCCCUCCUGGCCACCACCCGGGCUCUGCUGGGCCAGCUCUGCACCCGCAGCAUGCAGCACCUCUUCAUGAUCCUCGCCUCCCCCAGGUAUGUGGACCGUGUGAGCGAGCUGCUCCGGCAGAAGCUGAAGCAGGCAGAGCUGCUGCUGGCCAAGAAGGAGGCGAUGAGCCAGAAGCGGCAGGAGGCCCUGGCAGAGCAGGGCGCCUUGGAGCCCAAGCUCGACCGCCUGCUGGAGAAGACCAAGGAACUGCAGAAGCUGAUCGAGGCGGACGUCUCCAAGCGCUACAGCGGGCGGCCGGUGAACCUGAUGGGUGUCUCCCUGUGAGCCCCCCGGGACCAGUGCCCACGGAGAGGAGCAGCAUG